ACCACUCAUUAAGUCGUAAGUGGUAACCGCUUUGCCACUGUUGAGAGUUAGAUCCAUUCUCUCUCUAUUAACCGAUCGAAGAAGCAACAAGAGCGAGGAGAAAGAAAGCAUAACGAAAACGAAAUCGAAACCGAAACGAACCCACACCACUCUCACAUAGAUCUCUUUCUCUCUAACAACACUUUCACCUUCUUACUCAUCAUCCAUUAAUGGCUUCUUGACCAGAAAUAUCUGUCGUAAAGAUUGUUUGGAGAAGCAAUUGGAUCAUAUGAGGUGUUCACUUGGUUGUAUUGAUUAUCCAGCUGUCAAUUCAGAUGUGCAAUUUUUGCGAGCUUGCUGUAAUAAGGAAAUUUCCAGCGGAGUCAUUGAGGUAGACCUGGUGAGUCCAAAUUAUUUGAUGCGGGGGAGUACCGUUCUGCAGUUGCAUAAGCUUGGCAGAGGUGGAGACGGGCCAUCAUGGCUGAACGAGAGGAGAUUGAGCUUAAAUUCCGCAUAUAUGAUGGAACUGAUAUAGCGCACAGGACUUACUUACCAUCUACUACAGUUGCUACCCUUAAGCAAAGGCUAAUUACCGAGUGGCCUCAAGGCAAAACAGUUACGCCAAAGUCAGUAAAUGAUGUAAAAAUUAUACAUGCGGGCAAAGUUUUGGAAAACAACAAAACUCUUGCGGAUUCCAGAAUAACAUUUGGUGACAUCCCUGGGUGCUAUUACCAUGCAUGUUGUAGUGCAACCUCCAUUAGUUAAAAAGAAAUCAG